UUUGAACUUGAUCCAAUGGAUCAUAUUGAAUCCAAAAGAAAGAAAAUAUUUCAUGGGACCCAAGCUCAUGACUUGGAGAUUACACUUUCAAAUCGGGACAGUUUGGCACCAAUUAAAGCCUCAAAAACCUUAUCCUUCAUCAAGAAUCCAAUCUUCUCAAUAUCCACUUUGUACAUGCCAUCCAUUUUCGCCCACAAAGGAACACAUCAGCCAACACAAGCUAUCCCACUUCAUAUCACACACGUACACAGUAAUCACAAUCACAAGCCAAAAGAAGAACAGAGAAUGGCUACAACUGCAUGCUUCUUGAAUCCCAAUGUACUCUCUACUCGCACCAUAUCUUCGUCUCAACGUUUCGCACCGUCCCUCAAGCCUAGCCAGUUAGUUUGCCGUGCCCAGAAACUGGAUGAUGACCCCAGUGAUUUGCCUAUUUCUCGCAGAUUGGCUCUCACUGUUUUAAUUGGUGCUGCUGCUAUUGGCUCCAAGGUUUCCCCUGCCGAUGCAGCCUACGGCCAAGCCGCUAACAUUUUUGGGAAGCCAAAGGAAAACACAGAUUUCUUGCCUUACGCUGGAGACGGAUUCAAGCUGUCAAUUCCCGCAAAGUGGAAUCCAAGCAAAGAAAGAGAGUAUCCUGGUCAGGUUCUGAGGUACGAGGACAAUUUCGAUUCCAACAGCAAUGUCUCCGUUAUGGUCACCCCUACUGACAAGAAAUCUAUCGCUGACUUUGGUUCCCCUGAAAACUUCCUCUCCCAGGUGGACUAUCUUCUAGGAAAACAAGCCUACUUCGGGAAAACUGAGUCAGAGGGGGGAUUUGAUGCCAAUGCUGUGGCAACUGCAAACAUACUGGAGAUUACUCAACCAUCAUUCCAUCUAUCCUUUUGGACAAAAAUUUACACUUGGCGGAUGGAAAUCCUACGUGACCAUUAA